UAUUUUUUCUCAAUGGAAUUACCACCAUUCCUCGCUCCGUGUCCUUCAUCAUUUAUUUCCCCUUCUUCCUCAUCUUCUUCAUCUACAUCUUCUAAUUCUUCAUCUUCUCCAUCAUUUGGAGGUAUUCUUCCACCCGUUAAUUUGUUAGGGAAUUCACGUCCCCAACCAAUUAACAAUAAUUUAACUUCAACUAACAAUAACCAACAACAAUGUUCUACUAAUCUUUCCAUACAUUCAUCUUCUCAACUUUCGUCAUCCUCUUCUUCUUGUUCACAUCAACAUCAUCAUCCUUCUUCAUGUUGGACUUUAUAUAGUCAAGAAACAGAUAACAACAACAACAAUACUAACGGCGGAUUUCAACCUCCUCCCCCUCCUCCACACCAACAUGGAAAUGGAGGGACAUAUUCACGUGUUUCUUGUAUGAUUGAUCCUUCUGGACGUCAACAACAUCCUUCUUCCUCAUCUAUUUCAUCUACACCCUCUCCUGGAACUUCUUCAUCAACUGCUAUUGUAAACAGACCGUGUGGACGUAUUAUUGGAGAGGAGGGGGUUACGACUGCAAAACUUGAUUUAAGUAGAAGUUAUGUAAUUGGAACAAUGGGUGGUCAACAACAACAGCAACAGGCAACAUUAGCAGCAGUAUCCUCUUCAACUCCAAUAACAUUUCAUAUUUUAACGGCAAAUUCUCUAUUACAACAACAACAAAAUAAUCCUGAACAUCAUCAUCAUCAAUUACAACAACAAGAGCAACAACAACAACAAAUUAAUUAUUUUUCAACAGGAAGACGCCAAAUUCAACAGCAACAAAUAUUACAACAACAACAACAAUUAAUUGAAGCAUCUCAUUAUCACCAACAUACUUCACAACAUCCAUUAAAUCCCCAACAACAACCUCCCACAAGUACUUUAUUACAAUCUCCACAUACAUUUGUUCUUCGAAGAUCUGGAUUAAAUAAUCAAAGAAAAUCUCCAAAUAUUUCUGUAGACGAAGUUGAAGUAGAAGGAGGAGGGGGAGGAGAAAAUAAUAGACAAAUAAUAAUAAUUGAUGAAGAUAUUAAUUCUGAAAAUGAAGGAAAAAGAACAAAAAAUUGUUCGAAAAAUGAUAAUGAAGGAGAACAAAAUAAUCAAAAUAAUAUUGCUAAAGCGCCUCCUGAAACAGGCGCAUCUUUGCCUCGAAAUAUACUCUACAAGCAAUAUAUAGAUCAUUGCAAAGAAUUAGGAUUUACCCAAGUAAAUGCUGCAUCUUUUGGAAAAUUAAUUCGUCAAGUUUUUAAUCAAAAAUUAUCUACUCGCCGUCUUGGUACUAGAGGGAAUAGUAAAUAUCAUUAUAAUGGUAUUUGUUUAAAACAAAACAGUCCUUUACGUGCUACAAUGAGUGCAGAUGAAUUAGAAAGAAUGAUGAAUGGUUCACAACAACCACAUAAAAACUCUCAACGUUCACAAAGAAAACAACAAUUUAACAAUAAUAAUUUACAAAAAUCAAAAAGAAAAAUUGAAAGAGAAAUAAAUUCAAAUAAUUUAAAUAAUUUUUCUUCUUCCGCGGCAACAUCUCCAUGUGAAGAAAGAGAAGAAUCUAUUAAUAUUGAAUUAGAACAACAAUAUCAACAACAACAAAGUCCUCCCAUAAUUUAUCCAUCAAAUAUUAAUCAUCACAACCAACACCAACAAUCAACAACAACAACAUUAAAUACUUCUUCUUCAUUAUCUCCCCCAACAUUUUUAUUACCCCCUCCACAAUUAAAUGAUUUAAUUGAAAUAAAAGAAGGAGGGCUAAGAUUACCAGAAAUAGAAUUACCUAUUUUGGAUGAAUGUAUUCUUUUAAGAUAUGGAUUAAGUGUUGGGCAUGUUUUGAAGUUUUUUGAUGAAUAUAGAGAGCAUUCCAGGAAAGUUUUAAAUUGUGUAAAAGAUUUUCGAUUAAAAUUAAUUGAACAAUUAUGGAUAUCCUUUUGGCAAAAAAAUAUUGUUUAUGAUGGUGAUAUUGAACAAUGUCAACAAAGAGGAAGAAACGAAGAAAAUAAUGUUGAAUUAGGUUUAAUGCGUGGUGCUCCGAUUUUGGAUAAUCGUUCUUUAUGUCGUCUUUGUUCUUUGCCUGAAAUUAUUUCUUAUGUUGAAACUUUUGAUUUAAAAUUUUAUCAAAUUAUUUUGGAUUUUUUCUUUUCUAGUCCAUUAAGAAUUCCUUUAGAAAGUGAUUUAUGUAAUAAUCUUCGAAAUUUUGGUAAAAGUAUUGAAUUUUGGAUGGAAAAUGCUUUGGGAGGAGGAAAUAAUUCAAAUUUAAAUUAUUUAAUUCCCCCAGCAUUUAAAAAAGCUAAAUUAGAAUGUAUUCGGUUAUUGGCUAAUUCUCUAACUCGUUUAUCUUCUUUUGUUCAUUUGGCUAUUACCGCUAGAAGUGUUUUACAAAAUAAAGAACAAGUUAAAAAAGUACACGAUGAUUUUAAUCGUGUUGAUUUUGGAGUUUUUCAUUGGCAAGCCGAUUGGUUAUGUUCUUCUAACUCUUCUUUAAAUAAGAAUUCAUUCCAAGAAUCAACAGAAUUAAAUGAAAGUUUUUGUAGUUGUAAUGUUUUGGCACGUGAAUUGGUUGGACAGUUUCGUGAACGUUUAUCUCGUCAUUGUUCAAUAGAAGAGUGGGCUGAUUGGUUAGAAUCAAUUGUUGAUAAAGCUUUAAAUUUUCCAAAAACAUUUAAAUAUUCCCCCCAACAAAUAGCUAGUAAAGGAAAACGAUUUUUAUUAGCUUGGACUUUACAUUCUUCUCUUCUUUUAAAAGAAAUUACUUUACAUUCUUCAACUUCUUUUGGAGAAUUUCAUUUAGUUCGGCUUGUAUUUGAUGAUUAUUUACUUAUUAUUAUGGAAAGAAAAUUAGCAAAAAUUUUGGGAAAAUUACCUAUUGAAUUAAUGGCACCAGAGUGGCUACAAAUGGAAGCAAGUUUAAACCAGGCACAACAACAAAAUUCAACACCAAUAACAUUAAAAGAAAAAACUUCUCUAAACUUUUCCUCCUCUCCAAAUAAUCCUCCAAUUGUUUCAACAUCUUCUUCACUUGUCCAUUUAUUACCUUCUUCAACAACACAACAUUACCAGAAUUUUUAUUCAACAAAUAUACAACAACAACAACAACAAAAACACCAACAAACAAAUACAACAACACAUUACCCAAUGGUCGAAAAACUUCCACUUCCGGGGCCUGAACCUCCAUUAGAUAUGUUAAAUGUGAAUGGUGAAGAGGAUGUUGAUGAUUAUCAACAAGAAACAACAACAAUUAAUUUAACUCAAGAAGCUUUAACUCCCCCACAAAUUCAAAAAGAAAUUCAAAAUAAAUAUAAAAAAAUAAUAAACGAAACAGGAGGAACAUCAACAACAACAACAACAAUUCAUUAUAUUUUAGUUGAAGAACAAAGAAGAGGAGAAGAAAUGUUGGGAUUAGAUACAGAAAUGGAAGAAAUUGAAGAAGAUAAUUAUGAGAAAGAAGAAAAUGAAGAAGGCUUUGUUGUAAUUAAAAAACAAAGAAAAAUUCAAGAAAUUAAACAAAAUAAUGAUUUUAAUAAUAACGAUAAUAUUUUGAUGAAAAAAUGA